CGAUGUGACAGUACAUGCAUCUCAAUUCUCAACCGUCCGAUUUUAAUAAGACACUAGCCUACAAAGAUCGAUGGUGAUUAUAACAAGAAACAAAAAGGUACUCUAUAACAAGAAAAAGAAACCACUUCUCUAUCUAUCACUCACACUCACUCUAAAACCAGAGAAAAGAAGAAGACAGAUCAAUGGCUCUGACGAUCAAAACAAUCGGAAGUUUCCGUACUCACCAAAAACACUUGAUCAAUUUCUUCGGAGACGACUUGAUCGUCACCGUUACGCCGACUGCUACCGUAAUCCGCCGCUGGAUUCGCAGUGUCCGCUCCUACAACCGUAAUCACUCAGUGCAUCCUCUCGUCGUCGGGAUCGGCGUUCGUUCCGAUCCAGAUCCUUCGCCAAAAACUCUCCAGUUAUGCGUUGGUAGUCGCUGUCUCAUCAUCCAGUUAGGUGACUGUUACUGUCUCCCCAACGUACUCCGAACUUUCCUCUCCGACCCCAAUACCACUUUUGUCGGCGUCUGGAACGGCCAAGACCAGAGAAAACUCGCUACAUGUAGGCAUCAAUUGGAGAUCGGGAAGCUUCUAGACAUAAGGCUGUACGUGAUAGAUUCGAGAAGGAUUGCGAUGCGUUUUUGUUCGUUUGAACAGAUCGUGAAAGAGCGUUUGGGACGCGAAGGUGUGAGGUUAGAUCCGGCGAUUUGUAUGAGCGAUUGGGGCGUUUACAUGCUCAGCCAUGAUCAGGUACUUCAGGCGUCGAUUGAGUCAUGUGUUUGCUUUAAGCUCGCUGUUGAGGAACGUCUCUGGGAACUUAAAAGUAUCAAAGGAAUGUAAUGGUGUUGCUAAUCUUGUGAUUUGAACAAGUUGUUGUUCUUCACUCUUUAUCAAGACAAUCAACGUCUUCUAAUUCAUAAAAGUUUUCGUGUUAUAUUGAA